UGUAUAUAUUUAUAAUGUAAAUUAAAUAUUUUAUAUACACUUAUAGCUGUUAACUUUAAAAGUCACAAAAUUAUCAUUGCUUGUAAUGUCCGGUUAUAAUAUCGACCGGUUUUUGAAUUUGAGUGAAUCGGAAAGGGAUGAACUCACGUGUAGUAUAUGUCAGGACAUACUAUGCUGUCCAGUGGUAUCACCUUGCUGCUUACAAAUGUAUUGCGAGGGGUGUAUACACGAUUGGCUUCACACUAACAAUACCUGUCCACAAGAUAGGAAACCGUUAACUACGAGUGGGUUAACACGACCACCAAGUUGUGAUUACAAAGAUAAAGGUUGCAAAGAGGUCGUCAAAUUGGAACAUUUGACCCAGCACACAAUCAAAUAUGUCAGUCAUGUCACCAGCGAGAGCUCAAAAUACUACCCGAAAUUCAGAGAAAAGUUGGUGGAUGAGUUUGGUGAUGGUUGGCAUGUAAUCGCUGGCAAACGAUAUGAAUACAGUUCUUUCUAUAGCUAUAAGAAGUAUUACUUACAAGUAGUGUUCGACCGAUUGAGUAUUACAAUCUAUAAUUCACACCCCGUGAUCACAUCAGGUCUAUACAAUCCUAUGCUGUAUAAUCCAUAG